AUGCCACGUCACCAAUCUGUGCCAUGCUGGCAGGCAGCGGUGCGGGCUCUCCUCCUCCAGGGGCUGGUGGACGAGGAGCCCAAGGUCCAGUCAGCUGUGGGCCUCGCGAUUGCACACGUGGCAUCCUGUGAUUGGCCGGAGGUGUGGCCGGAGCUGAUGGAUCAUCUCAUGGCCGCCCUGGCCGACACUGCUCACCCCAACAGAGUGGCAGCGGCAGUGGAGUGCCUGUCGCUAUUUGCAGAGGAGAUUGAUGACGCACAGCUGCCUGCGCUUGUGCCCAAGCUCUUCCCACCCAUCUUCGCCAUCGUUUCCAACCCCAACCAGGCGUACCGCCCAUCGGCGCGCAGGGGCGCUCUGAGCGUGCUGAGAGCCACCGUGGCCACCCUGGGCAUCAUGAGCGCCGUGUACCAGGAGGAGAGCAAGGCAAUCAUCAGCGAGUCGCUACCUGCGUGGGUGGCGCAGUUUGCUGCCAUCCUCUCCUCGCCUCUCUCACAACAGGACCCCCAAGACUGGGGCAUCAGGAAAGAGGUGCUCCGCUGCUUGACUCAGCUCAUUCAACAUUUCCCUGCGCUGUUGGAAUCAACAAUGCCAGGCAUCCUAGCAGCACUGUGGCAGAGCUAUGUGUCAGGCAUCCCUCUGUAUGAGCGACUGCUGGUGGCUGGACUGCCGCUCCUGCCCCCCGCUGCUGCUGCAGCCGGGGAUGCAGGGGCAGCAGGGGUAGCUGCCAGCAGUGACAAUGCACAGGCAGGAGCGGGGGCAGGGGGAGCAGCAGAGGGAGGUGGGGAUGGAGGAGAGGGGUAUGAGUCAGCAGCAGACGAGCUCUCUGCGCUUGCCAUUCAGGCCUUCGAGUUCCUCCUGACACUUGCAACCAACUCCAGAUUCCAGAAGGGGCUGCAAGGUACAACAGAGGCGCUGGUCUACUUCGCCAUAGCCUACAUGCAGAUCACCGCAACUCAGGAGGAGGAGUGGCAGCGUGACACUAACGAGUUUGUCUCAGAGGAGGACGAUGAGGCCAUCAGCUGCCGCACCUCCGCUGCUGCGCUGCUGGAGGAGCUAGUGGCGGAGUUCAAGGAUGAGGCAGUGCAGGGCAUAUCCACGGCGGUGCAGAGGCGGCUGGGAGACACGGUGGUGAACCCCACAGAGCAUGCUCCCGCCUGGUGGAAGUUGCGUGAGGCAGCCAUCUUUGCUGCUGGUUCAGUUGCCGACACGUUUCUUCAGUACGAGAUGGAGGGCAAGCCAGUGUUUGACUCAAAGGCCUUCCUCGAUGCUCUGCUCCUGCAUGAUCUGGGCCCAAAUGGAGCAGUCAACUUCCCCUUCCUCUAUUGUCGCUGUCUCUGGGCUGCUGCUAGGUUCGCCUCUGACGCACCGACAGAGAAGAAGGUGCAGCUGCUGCGCGUGGCUGCAGAGGCUCUCAGCCAGGACAGGCCGCUGGUGAUCCGCAUAGGGGCGUGCCGAGCGCUGUCGCGCCUGGCGCCCAACAUGCAAGCGGAGGACCUCAGGCCCGUGCUGCCCGCCAUCUACACCGGCAUCAGCCACAUGCUGCCCGAGGUGAGCCACAUGCUGCCCGAGGUGAGCCACAUGCUGCCCGAGGUGAGCCACAUGCUGCUUGAGGUGCGCCCCAUGCUGCCCGAGGUGCGCCCCAUGCUGCCCGAGGUAUCGGAUGACACGCUUCAUCUCGCCCUUGAGCUGCUCACUGCUGUCGUCCGUUCAGACGCGGAGGUGACAGCACAGAUGGAGCCGGUGGUAACAUCGGCGCUGCUGGGCAUAUGGGCGGAGCACGUGAACGACCCAGUGAUCAGCUCUGAUACCAGUGACGCCCUCGAGGCCAUGGCCGACCUCCCUGCCUGCAUCGACUCCAUUUUGCGCAAAGCCAUCCCCCCUCUCUCCACCAUUUUCUCCAAGCCAGAGGAGCAACCCAACGGUUUGGUGGCAGGAGGCAUGGAGCUGCUGACAAUGCUUCUCAAGCGCACCCCCCCACCGCUGGUGCGGCCAGUGUUCGAUGCGCUGUUUGCACCGCUAGCAGCAGUGGUGCUGCAGUCAGACGAUCACACGGAGCUGCAGAACGGGGCGGAGGCGCUGGCCAUGUUUGUGCGCAAGGGAGGGGAGGAGCUGGUGGCGGGCAGUGCUGACCCCGAUGCCACCAUGAAGACCCUGCUCGAUGCUGCCGCCAAGCUUCUAAGCCCACAGCUGGAGCCGUCAGCAUCCCUCUUUGUGGGGCCACUGUUGGUGCAGCUGAUCCGCCGCGUGCCCUCGCGCAUGGCACCACACCUGCAGGCGCUGGUGGCGGCCAUCGUGCACCGCAUGGCUGCCAAGCGCAUGCCCUCGCUCUCCGUCUCGCUUCUACUGGUCUUUGCUCGACUGGUGCACUGGGCAUCACCGGACGUGCGCCCACUGCUAGAUCUGCUCUCAUCGAUGCCCCUGCCCAGCCACCCAUCGGCCCUCCACUUCCUGCUCUCCGAAUGGGCCAUGUACCACAGGGACAUACACGGGGUGUAUCACAGCAAGGUGGCGUCAGCAGCGCUGGCGCUGCUGCUGGCCUCACGGGACCCGCGCCUCCUGCAAGUGCCCGUGCAGGGCCGGCUGGUGGCGACGUCCAAAGGCGUUGUGACUCGGUCGCGAGCACGAGUGGUGGCGGACAAGUGGACAGAAAUGGCGUUUCCAGCCAAGGGCCUGUCACUGCUGGCGGGAGUGUUGCUGGAGGCAAAGGAGGAGGGCGAGCAGGCAGAUGCAUUGAGAGGGGAUGGAGACAUAGACGAGGAGGACGAGGAGGGAAGUGAGGAGGAGGGGGGGCACGGCAAGGGAAGGGAGGGGCUGGAUGCAGGCCUGCCACCAGUGUUUGCUUCAGCUGAGCUCUUCUCCCACCUGCUGGACCAAGAGUUUGGUGAGGAUGCAGGGGAUGACGACGACGAUGCUCAGGACGACCCACUCAACCAGAUCAACCUGCCUGUACUAAUUGCUGACGUCAUCAGACAGCUGGCAACUCAAGAUCCAAGUCUCUUCCAUACGCUUUCCCAGGAGCUUACAGCGAAAGAGCGAUCAACCAUUCAGACCACCCUCAAUGCCUCGUGA